CGCGACACUGUCGGCUGAGGGUUGAGCACAGGCCGGUGGCUUUCCUCGAAAAUGGCGGCGCUGUCUGUGUCCGGCGUUACCAGAAGAGGCUUCAUGUGGAUAGUCUCAGGGGCGCCACGCAGAGAAUUUUGGUCUCGAUUCAGAAAGGAGAAAGAGCCAGUGGUAGCUGAGACAGUAGAAGAGGUGAAAAAGGAACCUAUUCUGGUGUGUCCACCCUUACGAAGCCGAACGUACAUACCACCUGAAGAUCUCCAGAGUCGUUUGGAAUCUUAUGUUAAAGAAGUUUUUGGUUCAACUCUUCCCAGUAAUUGGCAGGAUAUCUCCCUGGAAGAUGGUCAUCUGAAGUUCAAUCUCUUGGCACAUUUAGCUGAUGACUUGGGCCAUGCAGUCCCUAACUCCAGGCUGUACCAGAUGUGCAGAGUCAGAGAUGUUCUUGAUUUCUAUAAUGUCCCUGUUCAAGAUAGAUCUAAAUUUGAUGAACUUAAUACCAGUAAUCUGCCUCCUAAUUUGAAAAUCACUUGGAGUUAUUGAGCAGAAGGGGAGCACAUUGAAAUCAUUUUUCCCCUUGAGGAAGGGGGCUACAUAUUAGACCUCUUGGUAUAUAAAAUGCCAUCAGAACUGUUCUCUAAACCCACUUUUUCUGUAGAAGAAUGCAUCAUCUCUUUUUUUGUCUCAUAUCAUGAAUCAACAAAGAAAUAAGAGGAUUUUGUAUCUUCACAUUUGCUGAAGCCGUUUUUUUAAUGGAAUUGAGUCAUUAAUAAUUUAUGAAAAAUUUCUUCUUCAAAAAACACUGAAAUUAACUUGAGCUUAAUACAGGAGGACAUUACAAAUUCAGACCCUUCAUAGGCAUAAAGUAGUAGUUGCAUGAAAAUGUUUUAGUUCUGUUAGGACUCUAAAAUCCAAGAUAGAAUUGUAUAUAGCAUGUAUACAAUUAUAGAAACUUGUAUUAGAUUAAGUAUUUAUAAGAGAAACA